AAGCAUAUGUACUUCAAAUUAUCUCCACAAAGUAAAGAUAAGAAGCCAUGGACAGCUCUCUCCCUCUCCAACUCUGCUAUGUCCGGAAAUCUACUGCCAUCAUCAACAGAUGGUAUACACUCAUUCAUUCCACAGCUUUAAUGGCUCUGGUUUACUACAGAGCUUCUUUUCUCUUCCAAAACCCUGAAAAUAGAGCACACACGCCUACCUCUCCAUGGCUUCUAGUCUUUGCUGGUGAGCUGAUUCUCUCCUUUAUAUGGCUUCUCGGGCAAGCUUACCGGUGGAGGCCUGUUACUCGCACCUUAUUUCCAGAACGAUUACCGGAAGAUAAACAUCUUCCAGCGAUUGACGUGUUCAUUUGCACGGCGGAUCCGAAGAGGGAGCCAACUUUUGGGGUUAUGAACACUGUGAUAUCAGCCAUGGCUUUGGAUUAUCCACCGGAGAGGCUUCAUGUGUAUGUUUCUGAUGAUGGAGGUUCUUCUCUAACGCUGUAUGGCAUGAAAGAGGCUUGGGCUUUUGCAAGGUCGUGGCUGCCCUUCUGCAGGACCCACGGAAUCAAAACCAGGUGCCCCGAGGCUUAUUUUUCCAGUGCAGAGAAUGAUGAAGGUGCUGAUUUACGGGGAACUGAGUUCUUCGAAGAAAGGAAGAAGAUUAAGAAAGAAUUUGAGUUGUUCAGGGAACGUGUAAUGAGAGCCACCGAAAAUGGUGGGAUUGGUGACAAAAGCAUCAGCGGAGACCAUCCUUCUAUCAUAGAGGUGAUAGGUGCAGAGGAAGCUGAGAUGCCUAUCCUGGUCUAUGUUUCCCGUGAGAAAAGACCCUCUCAUCCACACCAUUUCAAGGCUGGCGCCCUCAAUGUCUUGCUCCGAGUGUCUAGCAUGAUAAGCAAUUCUCCCUACAUACUAGUCUUAGACUGUGACAUGUAUUGCAAUGAUCCAGCCUCUGUCCGUCAAGCAAUGUGUUGCCACCUCGAUCCUAUACUCUCCCCAUCUCUGGCUUUUGUUCAAUUCCCUCAGAGAUUCCACAAUAUUAGUAGCAACGACAUCUAUGACAGUCAGAUGAGGUCUGCAUUCUCGACAUUAUGGGAAGGAAUGGAUGGGCUUGAUGGCCCUGUCUUGUCUGGUACGGGCUUUUACAUGAAGAGGGUGGCACUUUAUGGAACUUCCAUACAAGAUACUAGUCUCACGGAACUCAGACAAACUUUCGGUUAUUCUGAUGAGUUCAUCAAAUCUCUCAGCCCAAAAUAUUUGCCUAAUAUAAGCAAUGGUGGCGACUCUGUAAGUGUAAUCCUAAAAGAGGCCCGACUUUUAGCGUCUUGCCAAUUUGAAAAUCAGACGAAAUGGGGUGAAGAGCAGGUGGGUGUCUUGUACCAUUCUGUGUCUGAAGAUGUAGUAACAGGAUACACCUUACACUGCAAAGGAUGGACUUCUGUAUUCUGUGUUCCAUCUAGGCCACAGUUCGUGGGUAGCAGCGUCACAAAUUUAAAUGAUCUGUUGGUUCAAGGCACAAGAUGGAGUUCAGGGUUGGUGGAUGUCGGUAUCUCAAAGUUCUGCCCCUUCAUAUAUGGGCCAUUGAAGACGUCUUUCCUUGAGAACAUCUGCUAUUCAGAGCUUUCGUUCUUCCCUUUCUACUUCUUGCCAGUGUGGUGUUUUGGUACCAUCCCUCAGCUGUGCUUAUUCCAUGGCGUCCCUUUGUACCCUGAGGUUUCAAAUUCAUUUUUCGGUGUAUUCCCUUUCAUUUUUCUGUCAGCUUGUUCUAAACACUUACUGGAGGUCAUCUUGGCCGGAGGAUCAAUCCAGACAUGGAGCAAUGAGCAAAGGAUUUGGAUGAUAAAGUCGGUCACAUCUCAUCUAUAUGGAAGUUUGGAUGCCAUUAUGAAGAGGAUUAGUAUGAGAAAAGCCAGCUUCUUACCAACAAAUAAGGUUGUGGACAGCGAUCAUGUAAAGCUAUACCAAAUGGGUAAAUUUGAUUUCAGGAUAUCAACUACAGUACUUGCUUCCAUGGUGACAUUAGUCGUAUUGAACAUGGUCGCCUUCAUGGCCGGUCUCGCCAGAGCAAUCGUAUUUGGAAAUUGGGAGAAGAUGUUGAUACAAGUCUUGCUCUCACUUUACAUCUUAAUAAUGAGUUACCCUGUAAUUGAAGGAAUGAUACUGAGGAAGGACAAGGGUCGCAUUCCAUAUUCGGUCACUCUAUUAUCUAUUGUAUUUGCCAUGGUUUUCUUGACUUUAGGAUCUGUUGUUCUGCUGUAUUGAGCUACCAUAUCCACCGUUUGCAAUACCAUCGUUUUAGGUGGGAUUUGUGUUUUAUCCUAUGAUUUAUAUAGAGCUUAAUGUAAUCAAGUGCUUAUGUAUAUAUAUAUAUUUUACUUUUUGUUAA